CCUCUAUUACCUGUGUUUACGAACCACGAGAUUCACCAGACCUGAAUACCGACAACCGCGCAUUUACAAUGGCACCCGGUCAUUUUCAUGUCAACACCACCGACGCCCAACUGAAAUGGUCCCGCGAUGUUCCGCCCGUUGCAAUCGUGGAGCAGAACCAAAACGUGACAUUCGACCUUUUGGAUUCGGCCGACGUUGCCAAGAUUGACAUCAACACAUGCGACCCUAUAUUUGGACCCGUGUUUAUCAAGGGCGCUGAGCCUGGAGAUGUCCUCGAGUGCGAGUUCGUCAAAUUAGAAACCGCCGACUGGGGGUUCACCGCCGUCACACCUGGCUUUGGACUAUUGGCCGACGAGUUUCCGGAUCCUGCGUUGAAAAUAUUCUCUUGGACGCAAGCAGACAGUCACAUCCAGUUUUGCGAUGGCAUUCGAAUCCCAAAGCGGCCAUUUCUCGGCAUUUCUGGCGUUUCUCCAGGAGACGUUGGCGAAUUCUCUACCAUCCCUCCCCUAGAGACUGGCGGCAACAUGGAUUGUCGGUAUUUGACGGAGGGUACAAAGCUAUUCCUGCCCGUCAAAGUCGCUGGGGCGCUCUUCAGUUGCGGUGAUGGCCACGCUGCUCAAGGAGACGGGGAGGUGUGUGGAACCGCUAUCGAAACACACAUGAAGGCGACUAUCCGCUUUACGGUUCAUAAAGGAAUGAGCUACGUCACCAGUCCUCAAUUCGACACACGCGGUUCCGUUCAUUCUGACUUACAAAGUCGAGGGCCAGUCUAUGGCACCUUAGGUAUCGACGGCGAUCUCCACGAGGCGUGCAAAAAGGCAGUUCGUGCGAUGAUCGAAUACCUCGUCGCAACUCGCGGCCUUGACAGAGUCGAUGCAUACAUGCUGACGAGCUUGGUCGCGGAUCUCCAGGUAACCGAGGUUGUGGAUAUGCCACACUACGCCGUGGCGGCAAGUCUCCCGUACAACAUUUUUACUGACUGAGAGUUGGCGCGGUGGUGCGCAAUUUAGUCAUGAGCAACUGGACAGGAUGCGUGAUGAUGUUUUAGUUUCGUCCUUCCAGACAAUAUUGCAG